AUGAAAGAAGCAAUCAACCCACCAAAAUCAUCAACACCCAAAGCUUUCUUUCUCUCUCUAAUUCUCCUCUCUCUCUUCUACCUCAUCUUUCUCUCUCUACAAUCCAAACACCCCAACGGAUCCGGCCACCAUACAAUCACCAUCAACGGCCUCAAGAUCCGACCCGGAUACACCUCUUACGACACCUACAUCCACCACCAGCUUCACAAAACCACCAACCCAAAGCUCCGAAAAAUAUGGACUUCCAGGGAUUUGGGACCGAAAGAUUCGGCUCGGGUCGGGCAAGAGGUGGAGGCUUUGAAACGGGUCGGAGUUAAUGAUUCAAUCGGGUUGGAUCUUGUACCCUACCCGCCUUUUGUGAUCAAGGGUGAUUUUCAUCAUCAACCGUUCGAUGAUAAGACUUUUGACUUUGAAUUUUCGAAUGUGUUUGACCAUGCACUUUAUCCGGAUAAAUUCGUUGGAGAGAUUGAACGGACGUUGAAGCCUGGUGGAAUCUGUGUGUUACACGUGGCAAUUUCUAGACGGUCGGAUAACUAUUCGGCUAAUGAUUUGUAUAGCAUUGAACCGUUGAAGAAGUUGUUUAACGGGUCGGAUCUUGUUCGGUCUAGAAAAGUUGACGGUUUCGGAUUGGAUACUGAGGUGGUGUUUAGGAAAAGAAAAGGAUAA